GCAAUGUUCCGUUCAGUGUCAUUGUGGCCUCUUUCGAGGAUGUCGUUAGUCGAUUCGGACCGGAACUUUUUCAUUUGGAUGGAUUCUUGGCCAUAGCUGAACCAAUCGAUGCAUGUGAUCCGAUUCGUCCCCGGCCAGCUCCAAGCGCCGUGCUCUUGUCAAGUUCUCCGUCCCCGGAUAAACUGUUCAAUCUGCCGUACAUCGCUCUGGUCGAGCGUGGUGGUUGUGAUUUCGAUCUGAAGGUGUACAAUGUUCAAAAGGCGAACUUUUCGGGUGCCAUUGUGUACAACACGGUGCCUAACGAGAUAUUUGCAAUGGGUGGUCAAAAUUGUAAGUGUACUUUUUCGCAUAAACUCAAUGAUAGGUAA